AUGGCUGAGACAUCAGAAUCCAAGCUACUCCAAGGCUAUGUCAAAGGCUACCCCAAGCUCGCCCGGUCAAUGGGCAUACGACCCGAGAGCGCAAUCUUCCGUAGCUUUGGUGCACUGAACGCGAAGAACUUGCUAUACAUGCAGGCAGAACUAACAUACCUGGAAGAAGCUUUACGAGAAAUGGAAGUCGCAGACCACGACAGCGAUGAAGGGGAGAAAGCCCGGUAUGCUCACGACUGGUUCUUCCUUGAAGUUUCAGCAGAGGAAAGGGAUGGUGUCGACGCAUCGCAACUGAGUCUCAUCCUCAAGAUUCGAGAGAAGCUUAGGGAGUACAACAAGGCAUUGUACUAUCAGACAGCCAUCUGCCAGUUCGAGCCCCCAGACUACUAUGACCUCAAGGACGUCCAAGGCUUCAUGGCCAGCUCAGAGAUGGAAUUGCCGUUGGUUGGUCCAGACAGAAAUAUCUGGGGAAAAUACAAUGAUCCCACUGCUCACGCAGACGAUGGCUUGGUCGCGCUGCAUCCGCGAGUGCGCACCGACACGUUCACGACCAUGCUUUCCGAUCGACUGGUACACGUCUUUUUGUUCUUCAAGAAGCUAUACCCGGGAAAGGAAAGCGAAAACCCCAUGUGUUUCUAUCGUGACGACACGAUCUCAACAAUCACGUUCUGGUUGACCUGCUUCAUAGCUUCCAUCCUCCCGGUCAUAGCAAUCAUCGCACUUGUCAACAUACCCUCGCUGGUACAUCGUCUCGCCGCCAUUGCUGUUUUCAACGGCAUUGUGUCGCUCUGUCUAGGAUGGUUCACGGAGGCGAGAAGGACCGACGUCUUCGCAAUAAUAGCAGUAUUCGCGGCUAUACAGGUCAUUUUUGUGGGUCAAACAGUUGUUCAUGGGUCGUAG